AUGCUAGCGUUCUUUGUGGCUCGGAACCUGCGUUUGCUGAGGCAGUGUGACAUCUUCGAUCAUGGGAUCACCAUCAAGAGGAGACCUCUGCUGUAUAUCAUCAACUUAAUUUUUCCAGUAUUUGGUUUCCUUGUGCUGGACGUGGCCUCAUUCUUCAUAAAGGCAUCUGCAGCAGAAAAGCUGGGCUUUAAAGUGACUUUACUGCUCUCCAUUUCUGUGUUACUGCUGAUACUAAAUGACAAGCUGCCAUCUACAGCCAGUAAAAUCCCAUUGAUUGGGAUUUACUGUAGUGGGAUUUUCAGCCUUAUUGGCAUAAGCAUUCUGGAGACCAUCUUUGUGAAUUUUCUGAUGACUAACGGAGAAGAAAUCAAAUCAGAAGCACCAGAGGAAGCCACAGCUGCUGCAACUGCUCAUUGUGACAUAGAGACAGUUACCAGUAGAAUUGAAGAGCCGAUAUGUACGGUCAACACUCAAAAGAAGGCAUCAAUAUACUGGAACAGAGCGGCAAGAAUCAUACAUGUGACCUUCACUGUUCUUUACAUCAUCACUGUUAUUGUGUUUCUGUCUGUUCUUGGCAAGAAAUGGUUUCUGUUUGAAUAAGCUCUUAUACAUGCAGGGGUUUUUAACCUUUUAGUGUCCCCCACAUUAAUUACACU